UGGACUGGGAUUAAAAUACUGAAGGGUCCCAGGGCUGUGACGGUGUCCCCCAGGGCGGGAGGGUCCUUGUCCCUGCUGCCACAGUCGCUUGUGGCCAAGUUUUCCCAGGGCCCUGAUACGUCCGGUUUUGCGCAUGUGCCCCAAAAAUGUAAGGCUUUUGUGCCAGAAAUGGAUCCCGGCCAGGUCUCGUCCCAAGAGCGCUGGGCCAGUUGGUACCUCGGGGAUGCCAGGAGGCAGUUUACUGCCAGUGGCGGCUGGGAGAUGAGUGCCAGCGGGUGGCAUCUGUGGGUGACAUCCAUAACAAGUGGCUCCGGGGACAUUGGCCUGUCCCCUUGAGGGCAGCAAAGGGGAAGGGACUGGCCUGGGGGUCUUUGGAGGAUGGGGACGCAUCACUGCCACUGCCGUGCCUGAUGCCUCCUGCCCUGGCAGGAGCACGUCCAGCGUCACCAGGAGAUCCACGUGGUGAUGGGCAACGAGGCCUGUGACCUGGACUCCACCGUCUCGGCCCUGGCUCUGGCUUAUUACCUGGCGAAGGUGAGGCUUGCCCGCUGGCUUGGGGACAAACGGUGGCUUGGGGGCUGCCUCACCAGUUGUCACCCCCUGCCGCAGACCUCCCCGGCUCCCAAAGCUGCCUUCAUCCCGGUCCUGAACAUCCCUCGUGCCGACUUUGCCCUCCGGACGGAGACAACAUUCCUGCUGCAGGAGCAGGGCAUCCCUGCCACCUCCCUCAUCUUUCGGGAUGAGAUUGACCUGGGGGGGCUACACCACGCUGGGCUGCUCUCCCUGACCCUGGUCGAUCACCACAUCCUGCCCGGCGCCGACACAGCCCUGGAAGAGGCUGUGGUGGAGGUCCUUGAUCACCGGCCGUUGGAACGGGACCGAGCUCCCGGCUGCCAGGUGACAGCAGAGCUGGUGGGCUCCUGUGCUACACUGGUGACGGAGCGGAUCGCCCAAGGUCCCCCAGGCGUGCUGGACAGAACCACGGCCGCGCUGCUGCAUGGCACCAUCUUGCUGGACUGCGUGAACCUGAGCCCGGCUGCUGGCAAGGUGACGCCCAGGGACGUGGCAUGCAUCUCCCUGCUCGAGACAAGGUUCCCCGAGCUGCUGGCCCGCAAUGCCAUCUUUGAAGCCCUGCAAGCAGCCAAAUUUGAUGUCUCAGGGCUGACGACAGAGCAGAUGCUACGGAAGGACCUCAAAGUCCUCUCCAGUGAUGAGCUGGUCCUCGCCGUCAGCGCCAUCUACGUGGACUUGGAGACCUUCCUGUGCCGGCCCGACUUUCUGCAGGACCUAGAUGCUUUCUGCCAAGCUCGGGGCUACACAGGGUUGGUGGCCAUGACGAUCUCUUUUAAUGAGCGCAAUGAGCCCUCCCGGCAGCUCGCGGUCUACAGCCGGUGUGAGACCCUCCGCAGCAUGGUGUGCCGGGCGCUGGAAGAGGCGACGACGCCGUCCCUGCACCUCCAGCCCCUCCCGAGCCCCUGGUCCUGUGUGGGUGCCUAUGCCCAGGGCAACACUUUGGCAUCGCGGAAGAAGGUCCUGCCCAUCCUGCGGGCAGCUCUGGGGGGGCCGGGAGCUGCCGGGGGGCCAGAGGAGGAGGUGGUCCUGCCGCCCACCCCCAUGAACAGCCUGGUGGAGGAAUGUCCACUGGCACAGGCCGUGCCCCCCCUCUGCCCCCAGGAUGUCCUGGAGCGGGUCAGCCGCAUUGCUGCUGGGCAGCCCCCCAGCUCCCCGAAAUGAGAACAGGCGCCCAGCGGCUUUUGGGGGCUGUACGAGGAGGUAGGGUCCCUGGGCAGGUCCCGGCAGGGUGCCCAGGCAUGGCGGGGUGGCGGCUGCCUUCAUUAGAGCUUGGCUCCCUGCUGGA